CUCACACUCAACUUGAAAAUGGCGGAUGUUCUUGAUGUCGAAGAAGGAGCUGAAGAGUUUGAAGUAGACGAUGAAGGCGACCAGGGUCUCCUCCGUCUCAAAGAAAAGGCCAAGAAGAGGAAGGGUCGUGGUUUUGGAGCAGGUGAGGGUCCCACAAAGAGUGGUGUGGAGGAUUAUGAAGCCAUGGAGAUUGAGCAGGAGGAUGUGGGCCCUGGACCCCAGAGAUCGGUAGAGGGCUGGAUCCUGUUUAUCACAGGGGUACAUGAAGAAGCUCAGGAAAACGACAUCUAUGAUCAGUUUGCUGAGUACGGAGAAAUCAAGAACAUUCAUCUAAACCUGGAUCGACGCACUGGAUUUUUAAAGGGAUAUGCAUUGGUGGAAUAUGAGACGUUCAAAGAAGCUCAGAACGCCAUGGAGAAUCUCAAUGGCGCGGACAUAUUGGGACAGAAGAUCAAUGUGGAUUGGGCGUUCGUGAGAGGAGCUCGUAAGAGCAGUCGUGGGCGUAGAGACCGGGGUGAUGACAGAGGGUCAAGACGACGUUAAGACAGACUCCAAGCUUAAUCGAACCAUCGCAUAGCUGGGUUAGUCCAGUUUUUAUUCUGUCACAUUAUAUCACCUCGGUGUAUCCAUCAUGUCAUUGUUUGUUGUCAACAAAUCUGUCCUUUGUUUGUCAUGUCGUGUACAAUUUUUAUGUUAAUAAAUCAUGAUAUUUUAAUAACCCUA